GCGAGAUCAGCCGUGCAAAGGCGGCGCAUGCGCUGUCAAUCGGAGGGCGCAACGAGGCGACGAGCCUCGUCGUGGCUGCUGCGCUGGGCGGGCUUGCCGAUGCCGAGUUCCGCCAGCUCUGCGAGGGCGUCCGUCGUGCGGGCGCGCAUGUCGGGCGCGUCAACUCGUGGCUCAACCUGGCGAUGCAAGAGGCGCUGCCGGCGGGUCAGCCUGCUGAGAUUGGCGAGGAGGAGCUGGGCCGCGCAGCCAUGCUGGCCAUGGCUGAGAUGCAGGCGCAGGCCAACGCGCAGGCGCGCGAAGCGGCUCUGCAGGCGGCGCGUGACCAGGCCCAGGCAGCGUGGACGGCUCAGCAACUCGGCUGGCUGCCUCCACAGCAGCAGCAGCAAGGAGCCUCCGGUGCGGGCCAGCAGCAACAAGCGCCGACGCAAGUGCAGGAGACGCAGACAGCGCCCGUGCAGCAGGCUGCGCAGACGUACGCCAGCGUGCCGCGCCAGGAGGUCGACAAUGCUCCGCAGCCCUCGGCGCCCGUCUCGCCUGCAAAGGCGGCAGAGCCGACGCCGGCUGCUGUUUCCGCGCCAGCUCCGGCCCACACGCCCUCUCCUGCGCCUGCGCCUGCCAUGGCCGCAGGUGAGCCUCCACCAUCGUCGAGCUCGGCCACCUCUGCCAGCACGGUGGGCGCGCCUGCCGGUGCAGCCACCUCGCCGACGACGUCUCGACCAUUCGGACCGCGCGCGCAGAAGAGCAACGAUGUGCCCUCUACGUCGACGCCCGCGCCUGCUGCGCCGGCCGAGACAGCGCCCGCAGAGAAGAGCAGCAUGGGCCGCGCGCGCGGCCUGCUCAACUUCCGGCGCAAGAGCAGCACCGGGCCAGCGCCCACGACGCCCGCAGACUCGGUCGACAGCGUCGCUGCGAAGAAGUCUGACGCACCGGAUGGCGGAGCGCUGACACGCGUCGACACGAACGCCAGUGUUGCCAGUCGCGUGAGCCUGAAGACUAGCCCUGUCGCGGUGACGAAUGCGUGGAGCGCGGCACAACAGAACGGGCAUGCUCAGCGCGCCUCCAGUGGAGAAGAGGGCACCAUCAUCGACCGCCUCGAGCGACAGGCCGAGCCGAGCGAGCCGACGGGCCGCGGUGCACUGCCACAGGCACCCGACCCGACGUGGCGCUCAGGCUCCACGCGGCCGUCGACGUCUGACGAGCCGAACGGAACGCGCACUGGGGCUGCAAGCCGCGCGAACGAGGGCGCUGGCGUGCCGGAUGGCUUCGGUGGCCUCGGCUUCCCGUCCAAGUCGCCAGCCACGAACGAAGCCGCCGAGACACCGCCGCUGGCGCGUCGCACGUCGCUCUGGGAACGCGAGCGUGAGCGGGAGCGCCAUCUCGAGCGCGAGGCCGAGCUGCAGCGCCGACUCGGCGAUGCCGAGGAGCGCAUCCGCCGCGGACAGCGCGCCGGCGUCGCGCACCUGUACUCGCCGCCGGGCAGCGACGGCGGACAGAGCGCCAACGCCACGCCCACGAAGGGCUCGUCGUUCUCGCUCAUGAACCGCGCCGGCGUGGGCGCGUUCCAGCCGAUGCACGCCGAUGCAGCACGCGCCGAGGAGCGUCCACGAGAGAGCUACGCGCCUGCCGUGGGCGGCAGCCGUCUCUCGGGCGUCAGCGUGAAUCGCACGCUGAGCAGCGAGAGCGAGCGGAGCUUCGUGGCGCGUAUGAAGGCGCGCUACCAGGAGGAGAAGGCGCGCGGUGAAGAGCCGGCGGCGGCAAGCGGCGGCUACCGGAGAGUCGUGAGUACGAUGCGCUCUGCUUCGCGCUGCAGGUGUGCUGAUCGCCUGCGUCGUACAGACCUCGCCACUGCCGCACGACAUGCCCAAGAAUACACGGCGCGUCUCCGACCUGGCCGGCAGCUACUCGGCGACGCAGGCCAGAGCAGCAGCCGCCUACGACGCCGGACCAUACUACGAGCGCGAGCGCGAUGGCGAUACGGGCGGCUAUGGCGCCGCUGCACGCCAGACUCGUCCGCCGAUAGCCUCCAGCAGCGGCGCGCGCUACGCAGCCGACUCGGCGCCUGCGCGCGGCUCGGGUGCCGCGUACGGCGACGAGCGCUACGGCGUGCCGGACGAGUUCGGAGGCUCGAUGCGCCGUGGUGCUGCUGCCGCCAACGGCGCCUGGGACGCGCACGAGGCGCCGCACUCGGACGUCUGUGGCUGCCAGCGCUGCAGCGCGCGCAACUACGGCACAGCUCCUCGGCAGGCGUCUCGUCCAGCCCUGAGCAACGCGCCGCCUCCUCCUCCACCUCGGCAUCCCGCUGCCGCUGCCGCUGAACGUGCUGCCGCCGCACUGCGAGCGCCUGCGGACCCGCGUGGCGAGCAGACGCGGCGCCUCAGUGCACCCUACCCCUCUGCACAUCGUGAGGAGCGCGAGCACCUCGAGGCGCCGUACGACUCGGCACCGGCAGCAAGGCCCGGCGCCUACCCGCGUCGCUCGUACGAAGAUGCGCCCGAGCGGCGCGUGGCGUUCUCGCAUGGCCCGCCGGAGCAGGUGCGU